AUGUUGCCGAUUCUGUCGCUCUCCCUGAGUCUCUCCGCCGCAUCGCCUCCCACCACUACCUUCCCCGCCGCCUCGCGAUUCAACUUCCGUGGAAGCGACUGCGCCUACUACGUCGCUGGCUCCGGUCCUCCCGUUGUGCUGCUGCACGGUUUCGCCGGCUCGGCGUACAACUGCUGGCGGAGCACCGUCCCGGCGCUCGCAGCGACGCACACUGUCUACGGAAUCGACCUCUUGGGCCUCGGCGCGAGCGCUCAGCCGGUCGUCGAGUACUCCAUCGACCUCUGGCGCGAGCAGUGCGCCGCCUUUGUGCGAGAGAGGCUGGGAGGUGAGGCCCCUGUCAUCAUCGGCCACUCCUUCGGCUCGCUCAUCGCCCUCGAGCUCGCGCGUACCCUCGCCGCCCAGGGCACGCCUGCCCGCGCGGUGGGCAUGAUGAACUGCGGCGUCGGAAUGAACAACAAGAACGCGCUCAAGGUGGAGGCGUGGCGCGCGGAGCAGGCGGCGAAGGGCGUGGAGGUGGAGCGGGCGGCGCCCGGCUGGCAGCUGGCCAUCUUCGGCGCGGUCCUCUCGCUCGUCGACCUGAUCUUCAACCAGAGGUGGCUGCUCGCCGCGAUCCUCGACAGGUUCGCCACCGCCGAGACCGUGCGCGGCGCCUUGGAGGGCAGCGUGUACGUCAACUCAGAACGCGUGGACGACGAGCUUGUGCAGGACUACCUCUCGCUCGCGAGGGACAAGGCCGCCGCGGUCGAGGUCCUCCGGCAGAUCUACACCAACGACGGCGGCCCCCUCCCCUUCCCCGCCGCCGACGCGCUGGGGGACGACUUUCCGAUCCUCGCCGUCUGGGGUGACCAGGACAAGCUCGCUCCGAUGACGGGCCCAGUCGGGAAGUACUUCCGUGAGCGGUCGGCGCGGCUGCCGGCCACGCGCUUCGAGGAGGUCGUCGCCGGGCACGUGCCGCAAGACGACGUCCCCGACGUGACCAACCGGAUCCUGUGUGAGUGGAUCGCGUCCACCUGAGAGAGUCCUUUUUGACAUCCAUUCUCUGUAGUCUAAUGACUAAUCUUUAAA